AUGGACGAGUCAUGGAGGUGCACGAUGGGCGCGGUGCUGCCGCGGCAGCGCUCGUCGGACGGCCAAAAGAGCCUCGCCCCCGACGACUUCCGGGACGUGUUCGGCGGCCCGCCGCGCACCGUGCUCCUUAGCAGCUUCUGCGGCGACGCCGGUGCCGCUGACUACCACGCCGCGACGGCCGGCCAGUACCCGUACUACUCCUACGGCGGUGGCGCCGACGCCUUGUGCCGCCGAGACGGCCGUGGCAGGCCGGCGUCGGCGGCCGUGCCCACCGAGGAGGGCUUCUUCGACGACAUCUUCGGCGCCCGUGCCCGUCAGGUGCGGUCGAGGUCCAGGUCCAAGUCGACCAAGUCUUCGUCGGUGAUCAGCUCCGACGAGUUCGGCUCCGGCCGCUCCGCCUUCCGGUCGGCGGCCAGCGGCGGCGGCCGUGGAGACGCCGCCCUCUCCUCCUUCGCGUCCAAGCUCAGGCCCAUUGCGAUCCCGUCGCGCCGGUACGACUCGUCGCCGCCGUCGAGCGUGUCGACGAGGGCGGAGUACCAGAGCAGCUUCACGUGCUCGACGGCCGCGUACCCGGCGUGCCGCUACUACUACGGCAACGGCGGCGACUGGACGAACCAUAGUGGCAGCAGCGCGGCGUCGUCGGCGGUCAGCAACAACGGCGCCGCCGCAAAGAGCUCCUCGUCGCGGCACCACCGCGGCGCGAGCAGCGGCUUCUGCUGCUUCACGUCGAACCCCGAGACCAGCAGCCGCGAGCCGAGCUUCCGGCGCACGCAGCGGCGCGGCAGGGCGCGGUCACCGGCGCCAGACUACGCCGCCGACACGAGCACCGAGUGCUCCGGCGCCGCCGACGACUAUGGGUACUACUACUCGCCGUCCUCGGCCGCAUCGUCGUCGCUCUUCGGCAACCCGCCGCGGCCGCGGCCACACCGGCUGGAGGAGGCGGUGAUGCAGGAGGCGAUGAUGAUGGAGGUGAGGGAGCGGGCGCCGCUGCUCAUGGACGACGACGGCGACAUCGACAGCGUCGGCGCGGCCGCCGUGGACGAGGCGAUCGCGUGGGCCAAGGAGAGGUUCUGGAGCCAGGCCUAG